UUUGACCUUACAUAUACGGCGAGCAAACUUGAUCAUAAAAAUGGGAAUUUCGUUAAAAAGUAAAUAACAAAUAUGGAUGGAAAUGAUUCAAUACCUAAAAUUCUGCUAAAUAUUGUAUCAAUAAAGGUAUCCAACCAGUCUGAAUAACAAGAAGUUUCAUUCAUUAAAUAUAAAUAGAAGAAUCCAUACAGUGAAAUUAUCAGAAAAUCCAAAGCAGUACAUCUGUCUAUAACGAAAAUGAAACAAGUCUUAAAAAUGAUCAGAACUUUGAAGGUGAUAUUUUUGAUGGUAAUGAUGGCAACCAUUGUGAAAGGAAAUUUAAUAAUAGCGAGAAACGUUAUUCCAAUACAACCAGGGUUUCUUCCAGUACCUGGACCGUUCUACCCUGUACCAAGCCCUUUCUACCCUGCGCCCUAUGCUCGUUUCUAUCCACAUUAUCAUGGACCUUAUCAUCAUCACUUCCAUCCACAUCAUCACUUCCAUCCUCAUCAUCACCAUGGAUUUUUCCACUAAGUAAUGAGAUCUGCACAAUAUCUUCAACAUCCAAUAUGAAUGUAUUGGGGGUUAUCCUAUAAUUGAACCCAAAUUUUGCACUCCAUUGUUUAGGAAUUUCUGGCACAAGAUUCAGUGAUUGGACUAGUCCAAAGACCAUAUAUAUACCAUAUGUAAUUAUAUCGAUGAUAUACCCAUAUUAUGAAAAUAAAAGCAACCAAAGACUU